AUGAGGUAUGUCCCUGCACUGCAAAAAUUGAGCAUAUGCCGGUACCCUGAACUAGCAUCAUUGCCUCACUGGCCAGGAGACCUAACAUCUCUUCAGUCUUUGAAUAUUUAUGAAUGCCCAAAGUUGUCAUCUCUUCCAGCCAGCAUCCAGAGCUUGACCAAUCUACAAAAUUUGUUCAUAUCCGAAUGCCCUGAACUAGUGAAGCGAUGUGAGAAGGAAACAGGAGAAGAUUGGUAUGAAGAGCUACUGAUAUUGCAGGAAUGCCGUGAAGCCACUCUCAACGCUCGUGUUUUUAGGUUCAAGCGGACACACGGCGGAGAUGAGAAUCUCUUAUCGGUACUGCAAAUGGACAGGUUUGCGCCGCGCUUUUACAUUGCUGUUGCCAUUGAUAAUAUGAGUCUUCAAAAGGCUCGCGUUUUUGAGGAUUCUUUGGUUCAUAAGAAUGUAGUCAAGGAUCCUCUGCACAGUCAUGCAGAUCUACAGAAGCAGGGAAGUUGGUCAUCAUAUAUAGCUCUGUUGGACAACUUUACUUGCUAUGCUCAUGCACUGUGGCUAAUGAUUAGAAUAGACCACAAGUGGUUCUUUGCAAGGACCUGGGAAUUGUAUUCCUCUAUGCGUAAAUGCAUUUUUAUUUGGUCCGAGGAUAUCUGGACCUUCUUCAACCUGUAUGAAAUGCUUCCUAGAUCAAUCUGUGGCUUGCUUAAUUUGCAGACUUUGAAGCUGGAAAGCUGUUCUCUCAUAGCUGAACUGAAAGGACUAAAACUAGGAAAGCUACAUAUAAACAUCUUGACAGAUCUUCAAGAUGGUGUAAUGAUGAGAAGAUUCCCAUGUUUGAAGAACCUCGAUCUUAGAGAUUUGCCGAGUUUGCAAAGGUUAUCAAGAGAGAUGGAAGAGAGCUACUCCCAUGUCUUACCCGCUUUAAGUAUAACCAACUGCCCAAAGUUGAGCUUGCCAUGUCUUCCUUCAGUGAAAGACUUGAAAGUGAGGGGCUGUAGUGAGGUGUUUCCUAAAAUCAAUCUUCAGUCUCAGAAGCCUUACGUACCUUUCUUCAACAUUAAACAGAGUUCCACAGGGGAUGCUGCAAAACUUCACCUUCUUCAGUCACUGGCCAUUGAAAAUUUCAGCAAGCUUAAGAGUUUUCCCACAGAACUAGUCAGCUUGGUGCUGUUAGAACAUUGUGUAUUAGGACAUGCCAUGAGCUUGAGUCUUUUCCGGAGCAAGGACUGGAAGGCCUCAAUUGUUUUGAUGCCCGUUAUAGCCCAAGAAAAUGGUUUUCAUAGGUUGAUAGUUAUGAAGGACAGUCCUGAAGAAUCUGAUUUUCGUCCUAAAUUGGUUGCCUUGCCUGAGUCCUUACGACAUGCCCUGGCACUGAAAGAAUUGAGCAUAAGCUGCUACCCUAAUCUAGCAUCAUUGCCUCACUGGUUGGGAGACCUUACAUCUCUUCGGUCUUUGCGAAUAUUUGAUUGCCCAAAGUUGCCAUCUCUUCCAGCAAGUUUUCAGAGCUUCACCAAUCUACAAAACUUGGGCAUUUCAGAAUGCCUGAAACUGGUGAAGCAAUGCGAGAAGGAAACAGGGGAGGGGAUGACUGGUACAAGAUAG